AUAAUAAUAGUUGCAUCUUUCAUGACCUAAUUUGUAAGGAACUUAUUUUAUAUAUUUAGAUUUUAAUAUUAGGUAAACAUAGCAUGAAAAUGUCCUAAUACACGUUAGAUUGCACGUCUAAUGUAUAAUAUCACUCGUUUUUGAGAUGUGUACCAGUAUUCGGAUGACAGCUUUGCUCUUAAUGAAAGGUAAAACAUUAUGAAGAAAAUUAGUGGGGAAAACGUUAGUAGUAUAUAACAAGGUAAUAUAUACAUUUAUUAUUUAAGAAUGUUUUUGUUUAAUUAAAUUGAUUCAAAAUAUUUCAUCCAAAUUAAUGUGACGCUGAAUGAGUUGUCUAUAAUCACAUAAAGGAAAGAAAAAAAUCAAGUGAAAAAGUAAACCAAUCCCGCUUGAAAGAGUUUAUUCUACUCAUAAUCCUCAAAGAUUCAACAUUACACUUUAUUAACACAAAAGCCAAGCAAAGAACCCAACAACCCAACCAUCACAACAAAGAACAAAUCCACUUUUUCAAAACGCGAAUAUAUAUAAAUACAUUUUUGUCAACAUAUAAAAAUGUAUACGUUCACAAAUAGAUAUUUCUCUGCAAUUGUAGAGUAAGCCUCAAGGAAGUUUUCCCUCUCUGGGAACUUUAGGACAAAGCAAUGGAAGUUCAAGAACAAGAUACCCGGAAAAAGCGACCCCAGCUAUCUCCCAUUUUCAUAUUCAUAGUUUUUCUUGGUCUCGCCGCGUUUUUCCUUUGUCUCGCGUCUGAGUUUCAGAAGGCUAAGGGGAAAUAUCUGAAAUGGGAUGGAGAAUCAUGUUAUCUACCCGAAAGUCAAGCGUUCAGGUUUGGAACCGCGGCUCUGGUCUGUGUUUCGGUUGGUCAGAUCAUCGGGAAUGUUGUGAUUUGUAAGGGUUUCUUGAAAACAAACAAAAAGGAAACGGCGCCGUUUCGUGUAUUUCUUCUGUUGUUUUCUUGGGUUAAUUUUGCGGUUGCGGCUAUGUUGAUAAUCAUUGGUGCAAGCAUGAACAGAGAACAGAAAUACGGCAAAGGGUGGCUAAACGGUGAGUGUUACCUUGUGAAAGACGGUCUGUUCGCAUCAUCCGGCGUUCUGUGCGUUUCAGCACUGGGUGCAGUUCUUGGAGCGUUUGCAUCCAACGUCAAAUCAUCAUUACAGCCUACACACAAGGCUCUAGCGUGAGAAUCCGCGUUUACUAAAAAAAAUGUGCGUUUUCACUUUUGUGGCCAACCGAAACGUGUUUUGGCGAGAACAGUGAAAUAAAGAGUGAUGUUGACAGUGCGUCUAGUGUGAUGGAGACUGACCAUCUUCUAAUUUAAAUUGAUACCACUAGGCCAAAUGGGCAGUACCUCCAAAGCAACAGAAACACGUCUCGACCGCAAUGUAUAAUUGAAAGAAUAAACAGCUAAAUAUCGUUUUCUUGUUCUUUAAGCAAUCA